UACGAAUAAAAAAUGCUCUGGAGUCUGUUCAGGAGAGCGCCUGUUUUCGCCUUUGCGUCGUUUCUACGUGUGGUGCGUUCAGGAGCGUCGUUGUUCUGAGACGCUCCUGUUUCUCCGCCCGCAGCAGCAGCAGCGUCUUGUCUCAGUGAACGCGGAGAUUCCCCCUCAGCCAGCGAGCAGCAGCAGCAGCAGCAUCCAUUUAAGCAUCAGUGUUACAGUGGUCAAAUCACCACAUCUUUCCCCGGACUUGACCACUCCUCACUGGGAUGUCGUCGUCGAACAGCGGCGGGGAUUCGCGAGCCGAUGCUCGAGGACACCUCCGCGUUGUGUUUUCUCGAGCGUGACUGGAAGGGGCGCGAGGCGGCGAUGGAUGAAAGGCACGAGACAAAUAAAAAUUUUGAUAAUCGCUGGGUUUAGCUGGCUAACGCUAGCACGCUAACGACAGCUAGCGCUCAGCUCUCGCAGCUGGUUGUUUUUUCUUCUCCUCUCUCUCUCUCCUCCUCCUCCUCCUCCGUUAACUGACCGUGAAUAAAAACACUGCUUCAUUUUCUAUUGAGACAUGCUGGAGUCAGCGAGGACAUUUCUCUGAAGGAUAAAGACACCAGUAGCUGUCUUCUAGCCUCCCCAGCUUGUUAUUUAUUUAUUUUUUUUCCAUCCGUGAAGAACAAGAUGCUGGCAGAGGAGGAGUGUGUCUAACGGUGAACCUGAACUCGCAUGGACACACACUCCAUGAAGGUCAUGAUACUGAGAGAAUGAUCAUGCUGGAAAAACAGAGCUCGACGCAGGAGAUCGGCGAGGAGGCCGAGGAGGACGCCAUCUUCACCAUCACGCUAAGGAAGGUGCAGCUUCACCAGUCGGCCAGUAAGGGUCAGCGAUGGCUGGGCGUGGAGACGGACUCGGCCCUGAGCCUCUACGAAACCUGCAAGGUGCGGACCAUCAAGGCGGGCACGUUGGAGAGGCUGGUGGAGUACAUGGUGUCGGCCUUCAGAGGUAAAGACUCCACCUACGUCACCAUCUUCCUCUGCACCUACCGCUCGUUCGCAACCACCAAGCAGGUGCUGGAUCUCCUGCUCCACAGGUAUGCCAAGCUCCAAAAUGUCCCUGCAGCCACAGCACACAGAGUCUCCCAGGACGACUGCACAGAGCUGAGAAAGUGUCGCAGCACUGUUUCGUCUAUCCUGGGCGCGUGGUUGGACCAAUACUCUGAGGACUUCUGGAGCCCUCCGAACUACGACUGUCUGCACCAGCUUCUGUCCUACCUUCAUCGCCAUUUCCCCGGCUCGGACUUGGAGCGCCGUGCCCGCAACCUGCUCGCCCACUUCCACCGCCGACAGCAGUGUGAGCCUGAUCCUGAUGGUAUGAAGGCAGGACAGGAGAGGGACAACAGGGCAGGGACUCCAGAAUAUGGGGGUCCCGGGGAACACAUCGGCUGCCCUUUUGCUACGCAGGAAGAGAGUGGCUUUGAGGACGAGCUUCCUGCUUUUAGUUUCCUGUCGUUUGACCCCAUCAUGGUGGCAGAGCAGUUCACACUCAUGGACGCGGAUCUGUUUAAAAAGGUGGUGCCCUACCACUGUCUAGGGGGGAUAUGGUCUCAGCGGGAUAAGAAGGGGAAGGAGCACCUGGCUCCCACCAUCAGAGCCACUGUGGCCCAGUUCAACUCUGUCACCAACUGUGUCAUCACCACCUGCCUGAGCAACCCGACGCUGAAGCCCAACCAGAGAGCCAGGCUGCUGGAGAGGUGGAUAGACGUCGCCCGGGAGUGUCGGAUCCUGAAGAACUUCUCCUCGUUGCGAGCCAUCCUCUCUGCGCUGCAGUGCAACGCCAUCCACCGCCUAAAGAGGACCUGGGAGGAAGUGUCACGGGAGAGUUUCCGCACCUUCCGCGAGCUGUCUGAGAUCUUCUCGGACGACAACAACUACUCCCUGAGUCGAGAGCUGCUGGUGAAGGAGGGCACCUCAAAGUUCGCCACUUUAGAAAUCAACCCUAAACGAGCUCAGAGGAGACAUCAGCAGCAGAGAGACCUGGGAGUGAUGCAGGGGACGAUUCCUUACCUGGGGACCUUCCUGACGGACCUGGUGAUGAUGGACACAGCGAUGAAGGAUUACACGGAGGGCGGUCUGAUCAACUUCGAAAAGAGACGAAAGGAGUUUGAGGUGAUCGCUCAGAUCAAACUUCUUCAGUUGGCCUCCAACAACUACAGUUUCACUCAGGACAGCCACUUCAGAGAGUGGUUCGCAGGCGUGGAGAAACUCAGCGAGGCAGAGAGCUACAAUCUGUCCUGUGAGAUCGAGCCUCUGUCAGAGUCGGCCAGCAACACGCUCCGAGCCAAGAAGAACGGAGGAAUCAUGAAACGCUGGAGCGAUCGGCAGUUGACAGAAGCCGGCUGCAGCAGCGCUCCGGGCUCUCAUUCCAAGUCUUUCGACCACUCGCACUACAGACCGUACCAAGGUGGCGGGGGGGACAGCGGCGACGCCCUCAGCGUUACCUCUGUCAGCUCCAGUGGUUCAGACCUGGAGGACGUGAACGCCAGCUUCUUGUCCGAUUCUCCGGAGGGACACGAGAGAAAGACGUCGACUCCCUCAGUGAAACUUACCGUGUCUGCUUUGGGGAGAGAAGCUCCAGCAGCAGAUACAACGUCAACGUUCUGGGAGUGUACGUCUCUGUCGUCUUUGGACACGUCCGGUACGGGCUCCAGCUCCGGUUCAGCCUCGGGCUCCAGCAGCGCCUCCUCCUCCUCCGUCUCCUGCUCCACCCCACUGUCAGCCUCCCGUUCACACAAACGUUCGGUGUCGGCAGUGUCGAACUACUCCACCCUGUCGCUGCCGCUGUACAACCAGCAGGUCGACGACUGCUGCAUCAUCAGGGUCAGCCUGGACGUGGAGAACGGCAACAUGUACAAGAGCAUCCUGGUGACGAGUCAAGACAAGACUCCAGCCGUCAUCAGGAAGGCCAUGAUCAAACACAACCUGGAGCGGGAAAAGACGGAGGAUUACGAGCUGAUGCAGAAAAUCUCUGAGGACAAAGAGCUCCGGAUCCCGGACAACGCCAAUGUUUUCUACGCCAUGAACUCCACUGCCAACUACGACUUUGUGCUCAAGAAGCGUGGACUGGCUCGGCCGGUGCGCGCCAAGAAUGUUGCCAGUUCGACGCUGCCACGCAUGAAACAGAAGGGACUGAAAAUCGCUAAAGGGAUUUUCUGAGGAGAAAACGCAACACUUCCUGCCUCCCCUACACCCCCUUUAACCCUCUCUGGUCUCCGCUCCUCAGACGAAACAUUUCAGUUCGAAUCUGUUGGAGGCAAACUAACCUGAUGUAUCUGAGUUUUAGUUUGGACAAAGACUGAGAUGCCAGAGGGGAUGAGAAAAAUGACCAAGCGACCUUCUGAUCUGUGGAUUAGCAGAAGGCAGAGGAGCACCUUAGCACUUAGUUACAGCUGUCGUGUCAUCAGGACCCUCCGAGGAUGUUAAAAGAAAAAAAGAAAGAGCGGCGUUGUUGUCGUGCGCCGCUGCUCAGAGGCUGAACCAGUCGAACUUUCUACCAGCCUCCACUCGGUCUGAAAUUUCACGUAACUGGUUGCGUCGGCUCGUGGAAAAGCAGAUCCAUUUCAUUACCCGGUCCAUUAACGUUUUUGUUUACAAGUGUUUACAUCUAAACAUCACUCGGUCAGCUCUUAAAGAUUUUUUUUCCUCAAACCUCUUGUCCACAAGAGGAUUUUUGCACCUACGAUAAAAACAUUUUUUUAAACCCCCCAGACUCCCUCAGCAGCCUUCGUCCCUUCCAUCUUCAUGCAUGCCCCCUCCUGGCAUGGAGUGUACAUAAACGAACAAUACGAAGCCACAGCAAGUAAACACAGAUGCGUGUUGUGACAGCUGGGCGUUCGAAUGUGUUUCUAUUUUUUCAGGGAACUUUUGUUGUGAGUGUACCGCCGCCUUUACCGUCUCGCCCAGGGGUUCCUGAUGUCGACAGUGUUUCUGGGACUGCAGCACUGAAACAUUACGCUCUAGGCCCCGGAUGCUGGGACUCAUUUUAACACUAACGAAGCUGACGCGAAGGGGCCUGAACUCUUUUAACUUCUGAACGCUGCCAUGUUACAAAAAAAAAAACAACAACAACAAAAAAGGUCAAGUCUGAAAUGAAGACAUGGUGUCAAAAUCCAGUGGGCACAGCCAUGAAUCACAUGCCACUAUUUUCUUUAUUUUUAUUUUUGAAUUAAUGAAUUGUAACCACUACACCGGUGAAGGAUGUGGCAGUCCUUUGAUCGCACUUGACUGGGACAGAAACGAGAAGAACAAGGGAGCUGAAAAAAACAAAGUGUAUAUAUCGAUUAACACCAACUGUGCAGUAUAUUCUUUUGAAACGGACCAUGAAAUUUUGUUAAUAGACUUGUCACAAUAUCGUCACUUUUUCAUUUUGCUUUUUACAUAUUUUCUUCUUUUUUUUUUGCAUCUCUCUGCUCUGAUAUGGUGCUGCUAAGUUUCCUUCUGACGAGGUCGUACGAGCUGCGCUUUCUCUGCUUCCUGACCGCCAGCCGCCAUGUUGAAAGACGACAGAAACAUCUCUUCUUACCUGCUGAGUGAGACGUUUUAAACGAGCUUCCAUACACCAGGGUGAACCCGCUUUCUAUGGUUUUCUUAAAAACAAAACAAAAAAAGAAAUUGGAUUUUGAUCAAAAAUAUUUAAUAGAAUUCAACUGUAAGAACUGCAAAAAGGUUUGCAGUAUUGAGUGUUCAUCUAGCAUUUUUUUUCUUUGGAAGAAACCCCUGAAACAACCUUUUGAAUAUUAUGUUAGUGUUAGCAGCUUUUGAGUGAAGGCUUGAGAUGAGAUGUACCAAAAUAUCACUGCUGAUGUCUCAACACACCGCAGUAGAGUAGCUCGAUAGGUGGAUGAAAGAAUAAAAGUAUCGACUACGAAUGUCCUGAUAUUUUGGUUUAACCCAUACCAGAAGAAGAGGUGAUGAACUGUGGCUUCUUCCAACAUGGCAGAUCAUCUUUCAUAUCCAUUUUUCCAAAUGUGCCAUGACAGGCUUGUGCGUCGCAGGUGCACCUGAUGAUGUUACCUUGCGAAGUUGGCUGUGUUUUUUUUUUUUUGCACGCCAGUGACGACAGCAGAGUCUUUCCUCUCUGGGCUCUCUUAUUGGGACGUGAGGAAAAGAUGGAGAAAAUUGUCAUAAUACAGGAAAGCUUAAAUCAGGCCUUAAAACGUGGAGUCUGGAAUAGUUUUGAGGCUCUGUGUAGGAGUCCAGAUUACAGACAGCAAUCCUGUUUAACUUCACGUGAGGGAACUUCUCUGUGCUGUCCGCCAUCAGUUUCUUUAACGGAAAAAUCCAACCUAAAACAACUUUUUACUGUUUUUAAAAAAGCAGUUUUUGGUGAUGUACUUUUCAUUUUCGGGUCCAUAUUUUGUUUAUUCCUGUGGAUAUUAAGUGAUGUCACGCCCAUAGCUGCUUAUUCUUUGCCCAUCAAGAUUUCCCUUCUCACAAGGCACAUAUGCAAUUUAAUAUAGACUGAGGGGAGAUACUGAAGAAACAGAAAUGUUCUUGUACUCUACCGAGUUAUUAGUCCUUGUAUGAUCAGGAAAAAUAUAAUGCAUAUCCCGGUUUGGUUGCUUGGCUUACAUACUUGACCGUAUGUUUGCAUUUUUUAGCUCUGUAGACAUUACUACACAGUGUAGUGUGAGUAGUUGUUUAUGAUGUGCUCCGUGGGCCUGAUAGUACUGUAACACUCUUGCAGCUUGUGUUAGAGCAGACAAAGCACUGUUGAAUGCAUCUCUUGCACUUUUGUUUUUGGAAAGACUAAGACACACUUUAAACUCUUUAAAGUAUCACUGUCACUAUAACACCAUGCUGAUUGCUCCAACAUGUGGAGAAAUCCAAAAGCUGAGGCUUGGAAGCUAUGAUGAGACAGUUUCUGUUAACGGGAACAAACAAUUUGAUCAACAGCAAAACUUUCACACCCCUUCUCCAAAUGUAGGAAAUUACUAAUCAAGGGAAAGUGGUUCACCAAAAACACUUUGACUGAACAUCAUGGUUGGAUUUUUCCUGCGUUCAUAUCACCACAAUAAAACACUAGAUUUGCUUAGAUUGCACUGCGACCAUGUAUUGCCUUUUUUUUUUUUUAUUAUUACUUUCACCUGCAUGAGGUUCAUAGUUCUCUCAACGAUCAAAUGAAUGACACCCCGAAAAAAAGGAAAGAAUGAAAAGACCCGUGAAAGCAAUACGGUGAUGAGGCGAGAGGCACGUCGUCCAGCUGUCGUGGAUGUUGUUCGUGCCACUGUGGCGUGAAAUCCUUCGCUGUUGAACACUGUGACCUUUGACCCUAUCACUCCGCCCUCCCUGCCUGUCGAUCGGCGCGUCAUGUCGAGCACUGUGAACUUAAAAAAAAAAAAAGAAAGAAAGAACUCUCAUACCCCCUUAAUGGUGUUGUAGUGAACAUCCGCCCUUUGCUCAUCUUGUUGGCAAACAGCGAAGACAAAAGGCUUGACCCUACAUGUGCCAAAAAUAAUGAAAGAGAACAAAAAAGUUUCUUUUGACAGAUGAGUCCUCUGUCUUUGACAGUAAAAAAAAAAAAAAAAAAAAAAAAAAAAAAAAAAUCAAGUUUGUAAUGUUUACUGUUGUUGCAUUUUUCUGGAAAAAAAAAAAAAAAGGUGAGAACACCACGAUGUCUGGACCCGUUUCCCUGUGGAGAAUUAAACUGUCAUCCAAGAAACUUGAAGAAGCAAAGAUGUUUGUCAGGAACUGCAGAUGAAGCUGUUGUAGAAAUCCCACUUUUAUGAAGUUACCCUAAUUUACAUGUUUGAACAACUUCUUUAACGGCUCUCAAAUUGGCAAAUAUCCAAAUUUCUGCCACCUAAACCAGCAGUACUGAACUGGUUUUUAUUCCAACCAAACUCUAAAUCUGAGGUUUGUUCACUAGAAAAACAUAACAGCAAACUUUUUAUUUUAUAUUAUGAAGGUAACAAAGAAUCUCAGUUUAUUAAAUGUCUUUCAGGACCAAAACAUUGUGGAUAAAGUGAGUACAAGUGGUCAAUAGUAUCAUCACCUCAUCAUAAAGACUUUAUGGUGUGUAAGAACUUAAUAGCUGAUUGAAUAUUACUGUACAUAUUUACUCCCACUGGUGCUCAACAUUUAACAUAUGUUUGCUUUCUUUUUGGCCAAGUUUCAGGGAUGAAAACCACUUGGAAACCAACAUAUCUGGGGUGAAAAUCCAAAAAGCAAUGCAGUGUAGAGCCUUCAAUGCACCGUGAUGUCUGUAAAAGAAGAAAAAAUAGUGAAUUGAUAUCUCGUAGUUGAUUCACAAAUCCAGCAAUGUGUUAUUGCAUCUGUCAGUAUUUUCUGGCUUCAGUGGUUACUACUGCAGACGGAAAUCUUAAAAAAAAAAAAAAUCACUGUAACAUUCAUACCAUCAUCUCCACUUAGACUUUGG